CACCCUUACCAUAUAAACUCUACACAAUCAAGAUCCACACCCUUAAACACCGUUACUCACUUCCUCUCUCGUUCUAGAGAGACAAAAAUGAAAAAUAAAACUAUGUUAGCUAUUUUCAUCUCACUCUUCCUUUCAACCUUUGUUUAUCAAACCCACGCCAACAAACAAGUCCAUGCAUUGGUUCGACUCUACAACGCGAAACUAUCAAAAGCCUCUGUCGUAGAUAUAAGCCAUUUCGAGACACCUAAAGGUUUACACAAAGCAAAAGUCAUUCUUCCUCAAACAGGACGAAAAGAGAAUGACAAAAUUGACAAACUUCCCGGCCAACCAUAUGUCAAGUUUGACCAGUAUGGUGGCUAUGUCACCGUAAAUGAAUCCGCAGGGCGGGCUUUUUAUUAUUACUUUGUUGAAGCUGAGAAAUCUAAGGAGUCGUUGCCACUUCUUCUUUGGCUAAAUGGAGGGCCAGGUUGCUCAUCGCUUGGUUAUGGAGCAAUGCAGGAGCUCGGACCAUUUCGAAUCAACAGUGAUGGGAAAACUCUUUAUGUAAACAAAUUUUCUUGGAAUCGCGCUGCAAAUGUAUUAUUUGUUGAGUCGCCUGCUGGAGUAGGGUUUUCAUACUCUAACAAAUCCUCAGACUAUCAAAAUAUGGGUGACAAAUCAACAGCAACAGAUAAUUAUAUGUUCUUGUUAAAUUGGCUUGAACGAUUUCCAGAAUAUAAAGAGAGGGAUUUUUAUAUAGCUGGAGAGAGCUAUGCAGGACAUUAUGUGCCACAGCUUGCGCAAACCAUUAUUUACUACAACUUGAAACAUAAUAAAACGCUUAUCAAUCUCAAAGGGAUCCUUAUUGGGAACGCAGUAAUCAAUGAUGAGACAGAUUUGAUAGGAAUGUUCGAUUACCUUGGUUCGCACGCUAUAAUAUCAGAUGAAACUGCUUUUGCAAUCCAGAAAUAUUGUAACUUUUCACCAAACGCAGUCACGCAAUCGGAUAUGUGCAUUGAUGCUGCAAAAGAUGUUGGAUACAACACUGAAGCUGUCGACAUCUACAACAUCUAUGCCCCUUUAUGCUUUGAUGGCAAUCUUACUACAAAUCCUAAGAAGACAUCGUGGCAGAAUUUUGAUCCUUGUAGCGAUUAUUACACGUCUGCGUAUAUGAAUCGUCAAGAUGUUCAAGAGGCCCUCCAUGCCAAUGUAACAAAGCUCGAUCAUGAUUGGGAAGCAUGCAGUGGAAUCCUUACAGCUUGGACAGAUAGCCCUUUAACAGUUAUUCCACUCCUUGAGGAAUUCAUGAAGCUUAAGCUGCGCAUUUGGGUAUUUAGUGGAGAUACUGAUGCAAGAGUACCAAUCACGUCAACCAAGUUAUCCAUUAGUUCCAUGAAGCUUCCUAUAAAAACUAAAUGGCAUCCAUGGUUUCAUGAAAAAGAGGCGGCUGGAUUUGCACAAGUUUAUACGGGAGAUAUAACAUUAGUGACUGUUCGAGAGGCAGGUCACCAGGUUCCAAGUUACCAACCAAAGAGGGCUCUGGCACUGGUCAGGCAUUUUAUAUCAGGGAAGCCGCUAGUGGAUCCUUCAAGACGUUGAUAUGAUAGUCUAUUGAUAUAAUUCAUUUUGUUGAAAUUUCCACACACCACAAACAUAUAAUAUGUUCAUAAUUGUGAUGAUGUCUACGUAUUGAGAUUACCCUUUCUUAUUGUUGGUUAAUGUUUAUCAAUUUAGC